AUGAUGGUCAAUAAAAAGCAAUUGACUAUCAGGUUUCAUGUUGAUGAUGUGCUAGCGAGCCACAUGGAACAAAGAGUUCUCGAGGAUUUCUUUUCAUGGAUAAAUGAGAGAUACGGAGGACUAAAGGAAGUGACUUGCACACGGGGACGAGUUCACACCUAUCUGGGAAUGACAUUGGAUUAUUCAAAGAAAGGAAAGUUGAAGAUUCGAAUGGACGAUUAUGUCCAAAGAAUGCUCGACGAAUUUUCUGUCAAGUUGAAGGAAGACGACAAACAGGAAACACCUGCUGGCAAGGUCUUUUAG